CUGCACAACAAAGGUACCAGCACAUCGUUUCUUGAAAAAAAUGUUUUUGACUUUACUUAACAUGUUUAACAGUUUUUGAUCAUGAGAAAACGAGAGACUGAAAGGUGCAGAAACUUCAAAUUAAAUGCUGCUUUUCUGUAUACGAGAACUUUAAGUUAUUACUUACCACAAAAAGCAAACCGAUAGUAAGCAAACUUUUAAAUCAUCGACUCAUACCCGGAACAGUUGGCCAGAUAACCUUAGAAUAAUGAACAUGAUGAAGUAACAAAACCAAGGCAUUAUGGGUAAGAUAAGUAAGAUAGUAGUAUGUGGUCACACUGGUGUUGGCAAGACUGCUGCCAUAGAACAACUUAUUUUUGGUAACCAUGUCAUAGGAACUCCAAUGCACCCAACAAUUGAAGAUAUAUACACAGCUAUGAUAGAAACUGAUAGAGGGGUUAAAGAAAAAGUCAGAAUAUAUGAUAUUGGGGGACUGGAAGGCAGUAAAGCAGAUUUACCAAGACAUUACUUUAGUUUUCCUGAUGGAUUUGUAUUGUUUUAUGAUGUUACCAGUUGGGAAUCAUUUCAAAAAUUAGAAAAGAUUAAGAAAGAUAUUGACAAGUAUAAAGAUAAAAGGGAGGUGCACAUUGUUGUCAUUGGUAACAAGACAGAAGAAGAAACUAGACAGGUAGAUUUCUCUACAGCACAAGCCUGGGCUACAAAAGAGAAAGUGAGACUAUGGGAAGCUUCAGUCCAGACGAGACAAUCUUUGCUAGAACCUUUUGUACAUCUGACAUCAAUGAUAACCAAGCCACCAGCUAAAUCUACAAUAUUUCCUGGGAGAAAAUCAAGGUUAAUGAAUGUUGACCAGUAGAUAAUGGUAAUAUCAACCAGUUGACCAAUAGAUGAUUUAACGAUCUUGUACCUUACUGGUCAGCGACUUGAUUGGAUGUUAUAUUUUAUUAGUAAAUUGAAUAGAUUUGCAGCAAUUGGACUUAUGAACUCAAGAUUUAUGAAAUGAAGUAACAUUUAGAUUUUAAAUUAGAAGGUAUCUCAGUUGUUUGUAGUCCCCCUGACAAAUUAUCUGAGAAAUGUUUAUAUAUCGGUUAUCAAAUAUGUGGGGAAUAUUUACUGGUUUGAGUAAACUCUGUCAAGAUUAAUUAUGUUUUGAUAUUGAAUUAAAGGGACUAAAAAGAUGACCUCAUCAUAAGAUCCUGUUUGAAUCAAUUACCACUCUUGUUAUAUAUAUGAAAACUUAUGUGCAAUAUAGAUGUAUAUUAUUUUGUAGGAUUAUAUUUAAA